AGCCGGAUCUCUUAUCAGUUGGAGAUUAUAAAUUUAGGUAAGCGAGGCUGCUGGACUCACUUGGAUUCUGAUAGUGCGAGGGUCGGUGCCGCGUCCUCUUUGACGGACUGGAAUAUUGAAACCUUUUGCUUACAGGAGAGAAAGGUUCGACAUCCUUACCUAAUCAGCGGUGAUGGACGAAAAGGGAGCUAACUCCUACCGGUUGGCGGAGGGGGGAAACGGGGUCGUACCCAGUGUAUCCUACAAAAGUUCACAAAAGAUGACGGGACGGGAGAAGGUGAUGCUGUGUUUCUCCGUCUUCCUCGCCAUCUGCACCUUCACCCUCAUCAUCGGCCUUGUUGUCAAACUAGAGAUGAAGACAACGUCGGACUGCUCCUCUGGGUCUCCAAGCAGCGUGUCUCCGAAUGGCCAGGGCACCGCACAGAACCAGGGACAGGGGCCCCAAACACAAGUUUCCCCCAGACCAACACCAGCCCCGCAAAGUACAGGCACACCAGCGACAUCGGGUGGACGAGCAGCAUGUACUUCGAAAGAUUGCGUCAGGGAAGCUGCCAGUCUAAUAAAUGCGAUAGACUUCACCGUUGAUCCCUGUGACAACUUCUAUGAGUUUGCCUGCGGGAACUGGAUGCGGAGUCGAACUAUCCCGGACGACAAGUCGGCCUACCAGAGGUUCACGGAGGUUCGAGACAGCGUCCAGCUCAAACUGAAAGUUGAGUUGGAGAAACCAAUCACUUCCACGGACAUCGAAGCUGUUCGAAAGGUCAAGGUCAUGUACAAGUCCUGCACCAAUGAAGAUGUGAUCACCAAGCGGGGACUUCACGUGACGGAACCACUGCUGCAGGAGCUUGGCGGGUGGCCGGUGACGGGUGGGUGGGACGAGUCCAAGUUUAACCUUGUUGACCUCCUGGUGAAACUCGGCCUCUACAACAACAUGGUCCUCAUCGACACUGGCGUCUCCCCCGACGACAAAAACUCCUCUGUCCAUAUCAUAGUGAUUGACCAGGCCCAGCUUGGCAUGCCGUCACGUGACUACUACCUCAAGCCGCGAGGCGACAACCACAUCAUGGUGUACCAGAACCUGGCGACAGAGGUCGCCGUCCUGUUUGGCGCUGAUCGGACACAGGCUGAACAACAGAUGAAAGAUAUGGUGGACUUUGAAAUCACCAUUGCCAAUCUGACUGUGGCCCAAGCUGAGAGAAGAAACAUGGACAAACUCUACCACCGCAUGAGUGUCAGUGAACUGACAGCCUCCAUUCCCGGGUUUGACUGGCUAGGGUAUCUCAAGGGCGUAUUCGAGCCAUUCAACCAGACCAUCACAGCCUCCGAGCAGGUCGUGGUGUACACGCCUGACUAUAUCAAGAACAUGCUUCAAGUCAUCAAGAAAACCCCUUCCAAAACAGUGGUCAAUUACCUGAUGUGGCGUAUCAUGAUGAAUCGUGUGAACAACUUGGACGAGCGGAUCCGUGACAUCCAGCGAGACUACAACAAGGUCAUAUUCGGAACCAAACGCAUGCCGCCAAAAUGGAGGAUGUGCGUGGACUACGUCAACAACAACAUGGGCGACGCCGUGGGCAGACUCUUCAUCGACAACUACUUUGACAGGAAAGCCAAGCAAAAUGCUGUCACGAUGAUCCGCUACCUGAGGGACUCCUUCGAGAACCUACUGCGGAAGGCGACCUGGAUGGAUGAGCAGACCCGGAAAUACGCCCUUCAUAAGGCCGAGGCAAUAUUGGAGGAGAUCGGUUACCCUGACAACAUGCUGAAUGACACCAUUCUCAACGAUGAGUAUGGGGAUGUGGAUUUCAACGAGACGACGUAUUUUGAGAAUGUUCUGACGCUAAUGAAGGACCGCGUCAGAGACAACGCCUGGUAUCUGCGCCGCCUGGUGGACAGGGAAGAGUGGACGACAACCCCCGCCAUUGUUAACGCCUUCUACAGCCCCAACAGAAACUCCAUCACAUUCCCCGCGGCUAUACUGCAGCCUCCAUUCUACAGCAAGGAAUACCCCAUGUCCCUUAUUUUCGGCGGAAUAGGAAUGGUCAUUGGUCAUGAAAUCACGCACGGCUUUGAUGACGAAGGUCGCCAGUACGACAUGGUGGGGAACUUCCAUCAAUGGUGGACCAACUCCUCUUUGGCCAAGUUCACCAAUUUAGCCAAGUGCUUGGUGGACCAGUAUUCCAGCUUCUCCAUUAAGGAAGAUCAUGUGAAUGGCAAGAUGACCCUUGGGGAAAACAUGGCGGACAAUGGCGGAAUCAAGGCAUCCUUCGAGGCUUACCGGAAGUGGGUGUCCGAAAACGGAGAAGAACCGCCACUUCCGGGUUUGGAACUAUCACAUGAGCAGCUGUUCUUCGUCAACUUUGCUCAGGGAUGGUGUUCAUUGAGCACUGAUGCGGCUCUUCACAACCAGAUCAUCACCGACCCCCACAGUCCCUCCAAGUUCAGGGUUAUCGGCACAGUGUCAAAUUCGGACUACUUCAGAGAUGCCUUUAAAUGCAGUCCCAAAACCAAAAUGAAUCCGGACAACAAGUGUGGCGUGUGGUGAUUGGCUUAGACAUGGAGCAGUCUGAUUGGUUGAAAGUUGGCGCAAUGUGAUUGGUUCACAUCUACAUGGCAAUCGUGUGUUGUGAAAAACUGAUAUUUCAACAGUGUGGAAAAAACUGUGAUUGCGAACAAUUACUUGAAUGGAUAAUGGUGAUUCCACAUGUCAAAUCACUCAAUUGACGAAUUGUGUUUUAUGGGGAUGAUGUAUUCUUGAAAAUCGAACAGGAACAUCACAUCAGUUUAGAUUACAAGACAAGGAAAGAAAAUUCGCUUCGUACAAUGAACACUCUCAUUAAAAUCAGAUCUGAAUUCUUGCUGACCCUAAACAAAGAUCUGAGGACAUUCCAUGCUUUCUGAUUGGCUAAUAUCGACUUCUUGUUUGUCUUUUCAUUGGUCGGUCAAAGUUCGCGAAAGGUCGUCGACGUGAUAGGACGUCCUGAGAUAUUUGUUUAUGGGUAUCGAGAACUAAGAUUUGAUUUUAAUGAGAUUGUGAAAUGAAACAUGAAGAAAGGUGACUAAAUGUAUGUUAUAUAUACACAUACUGAUGAAAUAAAAUAACGGAACAUGUAACAAAUGUUUCAUAUCGACAUUAUUAAGACAAACAGUAAAAUACAUGGGCGGAUACAGAGGGGGGGGGGGGGGGG